AUGCCGCGGUCUCUCGGCUUCCAUAAGCUCCUCACCAUCGCUCGCCAGCUGCUGCCCUUUCUCCCGCCAGAGCCCAUCUCAUCUCUCAUGGCCAAAGAGCAGGAUGCCUCGCCUCUCUAUCAUCACCUCCCACCCGAGCUACGUCGGAUGGUUUGGGAUGCAUACUUCCGCGGGCACGCCGUUCACAUCCACCGAUCGCACGAAAGGCUUCGCGCUAGAGAAUGCGUAAAGUCGGAUGCCGACGGUGUCUUCCCGCCGGGUCCUCAUUUUGAUGUGUGCGGUCGAGCAAAUAUCCGAUGCGACCAUAUAUCGAUAUUGUUGACGUGCAAGAAGAUGUCCUCUCCCAUCCGGGCCUCAUCUGCUCGCGUCCAUCUACUAACCUUUACCGUUAGAUACUUUGAAUGCAUACACAUCCUCUAUCGGGAGACUUUAUUCGACUUCUCGCAUGCUCAGCGAUGCCUCACGGUCAUGUCUGAGCGCCUUCCAGCGGCUCACAUCGCCCACAUUUCCCGGAUAAACCUUCACUGGGAACUCUAUCACCCCCUCAUACUCACGGCAAAGCACCCUGGCAAGUACGAGAUCCUCUGGGUGGACAUUUGGGACACUCUGGCAGCGAUGGAAGGACUCAAGUGGCUGAGAGUCGAGUUGAGCCUUGCUCGGCCGCAUCAGGGCUCGGAAUGGACAGAACGCGAAUGGAGUUUGUGGGAAGGGGUUAAAAAGGUGACGCAUCCUUCUCAUUUUGAGCUUGUUUUACCAUUUCCCGCCGCUGCAUCGACGCAGGAAGAGACACUGCCAUGUACUAUUAUCCGCCGACUGUCGAGCGAUGAAGCCCACUAG